CCCCGAGGUAUCUUCCGGUUGUUUUUUUUUUGUUUGUUUUUUUUUUUUUUUUAUCCUGCAGAGCCUGGCGCCUCGCAAAACGCAACUUUGUCUGGCUUAUUAAAUAGUAUGACCUGGAGAAAGAAAACGCCUGUUGCUUCUCAGCCGAGGCCAUUGUGAGGGAGAGGAGCUGCUGACAGGCCUUAAAUUGCUGUAAUGCUGUGUGACCAACAGUCAUACCUAAUCAAUUUCUAUUCGAAGUGUGGACGGAUGUUGUUUUUUUUUCUUUUUUUUUCCUACUUCUUCUUCUUCUCCUCCUCCUUCUUCUUCUUGUUCUUUCGGACAAUUAAAUUCUCUCCGCGCUUUAAUUCAUUUGAUGUUUUAUGAAUUAAAUUUUAGACUUUCCUUUCUUUCGUCUCAUCUUACUCCGAUAUUAUCAGUUUUCCUGAUCAUAUUUACAGUAGAAACAAAAAUAAAAAUUAAAAAAAACUAACUCAGUACAGUUGGAAGUGCGCUGUUAAUGGAUGUAAAAUGCGCAGGGAAGUCCUCCCCACUGCUUAAUUGCGCUAAAAUUGGUCAAAGCUACUUUCUGAGAGGCAUCAAUAACCCCCCGCUCUGCAGGGGGUCUGUAUGAUUAAAGUCCCCUCUCUUUCUCGCAGGCCUCUUGAUGUGCUCCCCUCCCUCCCUACUAAAAAUAAAUAAAUAAGUAAGUAAAAAAGGCGAGUGGGCCAAUCCAAACCGCACUCAGAGACGUCACGAAGACAGCACGAGAAGCUGAUUGGAUGGCGCGGGGAGAUGGGAACAGCCCCUGUCCUUUUAUAGGCGACCACCGUCCCACUUGUGCGUAAAAGAAAAAAAAAAAGAAAAGACGCAACUGGGCACUGCUGACAGGCGCAAAAACUCCCACAGUGGAGACCUCACGCUCAAGCCGCCGCGUUUCACCACACGGGCCACGCCGACGUGCAUGGCCCCCAGCCUCUUUUAUCAUACGAUGAAUCCUGCGCAGCCUGGGUCACCGUCUCAAGACGCCAAACGGCAGCUUCACCAAAUGGAGGAGAGCGCGGAGGGCGCGGAGGGCGACGAGUUCCAGCCGAAAGACAUGACCACGGAUAAAGGAUACAAACUGCAGCGGAGCAGCCUGCCCUUCAGCGUCGAGUCGCUGAUUUCUAAGAAGAGCACCUGUCGGACUUCUUACCCGGCCUACGAUUCGACGGCGCCGCCGACGCCUGGAGCCGGUGAGGGCGCGCAGUUCUCGCCGAGGACUUUUUACGCGGAAAGGAAGCUUUCCGGGGAGAGUUCGCAGGGAGUCGCCAAGAGCUCCGGGGAGGACUGCGCGCAAUUUUGCGAGAAAGAGCAGAGCACUUGGUUCCAGACGUCCUCCUUCUCAACACCUCCCCGGAGCUCUAGUCCGACUCAGUGUACCCUAAGGAAGCACAAAAACAACAGGAAACCUCGCACCCCGUUCACUACCUCCCAGCUGCUGGCGCUGGAGCGCAAGUUCCGCCAGAAGCAGUACCUCUCCAUCGCCGAGAGAGCCGAGUUCUCCAACUCUCUCAACCUUACGGAGACUCAGGUCAAAAUCUGGUUCCAGAACCGCCGAGCCAAAGCCAAGAGACUGCAGGAGGCCGAGCUGGAGAAGUUCAAGUUGGCCUCCAAGCCCGUCCUGCCCGCGUUCGCGCUGCCUUUCCCCCUCGGAGCGCACAUGAGCUCUCCGUCGUGGGGCCCCUCCAACGUCUUUCCGAGGCCCAGUCUUCCCGUCCCGGGACUGUUCAGCGGACCCGUCACCUAUGGGAUGUACUAUUUGUCUUAGGAUCUCCUGGAAGACUCCGCGAGGGGAUGAGAAAAAAAAAAUUGUAUUAUUAUUAUUAUUAAAAAAAACCCAAAAAACUCAAAGUUAAGUUGGGAAAUUUUUUUUUUCCAAACAUGCGCGCAUUUCUGGGACUAAAAUGACCUAAAUUUAUGUCCACUUCAGUUUUAAAUUCACAGGGGGAAAAAAAGAAGAAAAACAAAUAAAAUCCUUGAAAUGCCUUGAUCCACUGUGGUUCCGCAAUAAUAUAAACGUGGACGCUUGAAAGAGGAAAAUGAAACAGCAAAGUACUUAUUGUUCGGUGUCUGUGCCUUAAGAAAGCGUCUUUAUUGUCACUUGAAGUGUUUUUUUUUCUUUCUUUUUGUUACCCAGAGUUAUCUGUGUGGUUCUCCGGUGAAGCUGCUGAAAGGAUUGAUAUUUUUAACAGCAGCUCCUGUCAAGUUUUAUAUUUUGUAAUUAAAAAUGAUAAUAAUAAUAAUAAAAAAAAAAACAUAAAAAGGGACCAAAUUAUAUUUUAGUAAUUUGUAUUAGUUUUUUAAACCUUCACAAUGUGGCCUUAAUGGGUAUUAUAGUUUUUUUUUCUUCUUCUUCUUUGCUGUAAUUGUAAAUAAAAUGUGUAGCGUUAAAGAAAAAAAAUAAAAACAAAAAAACAUUGCAGCGUCGUCGGAAGC